AAUUCUGUUCUGAGGCUAAUGGAAGCUGGUGAACAAUCUGCUUUAGCUAAUCAAGAGGCUUCUGUAAAGACUGAGCGCUACACAAACGAUGAAUUUGGGGAUUACAAGAGUCUUGAAUCAAUAGAUCGAUACGAUCAAUGUGCAUUUAAUACCACCGUAAAUUGUGUGCUAUUACAAAGUUCAUAUGUAGAUCCAGAUUCAGUCGAUGAAACCAUAGUACGAGAUAUGCAGUGGACUGACCAUUUGGAUCCAAUAUUUGUAAGCAAUUAUGAAAUGGAUCCUGUAUUAUCGUGGCAAUAUUUUGGUAGCACAAAAGGGACACUCAGAAGAUUUCCAACACUGAGGUGGCCUUCAUAUUCAGGAUUAUCACCAUCUGCGUUAUUCGACUACCGACUUAACCCGUGGUUUGUAGAGGCUGCAACCAGUGCCAAAGAUAUUGUUAUAAUAGCUGAUUUUUCAAUCGCAUUAUCUGACUAUAAACUUAGUCUUGUAAGAGCUACUACUUUAGCGGCGCUUGAUACGCUGGGUGCUAACGAUUUCGUCAAUGUUCUAUCGCUCGAGUCAUCAAACUAUGAAAUAGUUCCAUGUUUCAAAGACAUGAUUGUGCAGGCCAACGAGAAGAACUUAAGAGAUUUAAGAUCCGCCGUGGCACAAUCAAAGUUUGUUGGCAGUUCUAACUUCACUGGAGCUCUAGCCCGUGCAUUCGACAUACUGCAUAAAUUUAACCGCACCGGUCAAGGAAGUCAAUGCAAUCAAGCUAUAUUGAUAAUUACUGACGGUCCAUUUGGACCAUAUAAAGAAAUUCUGCAACAUAACAAACCACACAUGCCGGUCCGAGUUUUUACGUAUUUAAUCGGCAAAGAUGACUCAAAUGCUGCUGAUAUGAAUUGGAUUGCUUGCAAUAAUAAAGAAAGACGAGUAUCUACUAGAAAAUAUAAAUACUUUUAUCAUUCAAUCGAAGAUACGCCUUAUAGUUUAGGUAUAGCUCUUCCAGAAAGUUAUGGAAUGUAUGAACUACUCGGAGAAGAAGAAAUUAAGUUGACUCAAUUCAAUAUUACAGAGUAUUUUAAAGGCAAAAAUUGGAAAGUCCAUCCUGAGUGGGUUUACUGUGAAUAUAACUAUGGAAAUGAACAUAACUUUAAAACUCCCGAAGAUAGAGUGUUACAUUUCUUGUCCAGAUCCAAACGUCCUGGUUGGAAAUGGAUGUCAUUAAGGUCUAGAAUGCCACAAAGAGAACCUGGCACAAGUCAGGUUUAUAACACGUGGAGAAAGGAGAAAGACUCUCAUUACUGCGAUAAAAAUCUUUUACAAUCCUUAGUAUUUGAUGCAUUAGUCACUGAUAGUCUUGAAAAACUAACAAGUCAAAUAGCUAAGGCUGAUAAACACCCAAUAGCCACACUAAUGGCACUUCUGCACAGUCAAGGACAUCAUAUGUUUGGUGUAACGCUUACUUUCAUUGCGACUAGGAGCGGAUUAUUGAGAUGGCGAGAUCACGGAACAGCCAACAACAGAGGUCCYGAACCACAUUUUAGCGAAACCAACAAAAAAGCCAUAGACGAGGUGUGGUACAAAAGAGCGAUUGACCAACACAACAUUGAACCUGAAAGUUUUGUGUUCUCAGUGCCAUUCAAUUCUGGCGCUGGACUUGAUCGACCAUUGAUUACAGCUACUCACGCAAUGUUCGUUGAAAAUAAAGGUCAUCGAGCAGCAGCCGCGGUUGUUGGCAUACAAUUUCAACAUUCAUCAAUUGCUUCGCACUUCAUCAACAUCACUUCAGCAUGUACCGGCAUGACUGGAUGCAAGAAGACGUGUGCUUCUGACGACCUCGACUGCUAUGUGUUGGAUAACAACGGUUUCAUCAUAAUAUCCGAACAAUCGCAUCAUACCGGACAGUUUUUCGGACAAACAGACGGUACAAUUAUGGACUCGUUKGUUCAGGACGGCAUUUACAAGAAAAUCACCAUACUUGACAACCAAGGCGCGUGUCACAGCGGUAUCGAACAUGGAACCGAUUCAGCGUCUUCACUACGACCUUUUCAGCCGGCCGUCUGGUUUGUUAAGUGGUUAAUWGGUCGAUUGACUUGGUUAGCAAUCGAAACUAACAUCUAUCACGUUCUAUUCCCGGGUUGGAUUCAAGCUCAAGAAGAAGAUCCAAUAUAUUCAGAAUACGACCUGGGGCCAGACGAAUUCGUGCCUGAUCAAGGUGAGAAAACCACUGACCAGAGUGACAAGCCAAUAACGGACGGUGAUGGCAGUGACCGGGGGAGCUCUGGAAACGACUACAAAGACAUACCACAACAUCCACCGCUGUACGUGCCCAGCAUGAAAAACGCCGAGUACUUCAGUCCAGUGUACAACCGAACCCAACCGGGUAUAACCAGGACGUGCCGCAAAUCAGUUGAUUUGUACGUCCUUCAACCCAACAGAUUGAACAUGAGUGGGUCAUUUAACCCGCUUAAAGGAAAAUUGACCAAUUGCCACGCUACUGGAUGCGAACGGCCAUUUAGCGUGCAAAAAAUUCCCCACAGCAACCUAAUACUAUUAGUGGUGGAUACUUUGUGCCCUUGCGGUAGCAAGCAAUUGAGCAUCGAACCACAAGAGGUUCGAAUGGCCACAGAUGAAUCAGGACAACCAGUGUACAAUUGUCAAGAUCAGAACAUGUUCAGGAGACGCACAGGAAAGUGCAUUAACUAUCACCCAGAAGUGAGUUUUUAUAAUUUGGCUGGGUCUUAA